ACGGUGCCUUUAAGAGCGGGGAGCGGUGGCCGGGUGCCGCCUAAAAAUAGUGUGUUCCCCGCCCCGUCCCGGCUGUAUCCCGCGUCGCACGGGGUCCCUCCCCAGUGCCCGGGGCGCGGCCACUUCCCUGCCUGGCAGGCUGGCCGGAGAGCUGCAGAACGCAGGGACACCCUCUUCACGCUCCGCCAGCAAGGCCCUACGGCCAUCCCCAGCACCAUGGUGAGGAACGUGGAUGACUUUGACUUCUGCCUGCCUUCACAUGCCCAGGGCAUCCUGGAGGGGCUGCAGCGGCUACGUGCCAACCCUAAACUGGCGGAUGUGACACUGGUGGUGGGUGGGCGAGAGUUCCCCUGCCAUCGUGGCAUCCUGGCCCUCUGCAGCCACUACUUCCAUGCCAUGUUCUCUGGUGACUUUGCUGAGAGCAUUGCAGCGCGUGUGGAGCUGAAGGAGGUGGACCCCAGUGCACUGGAGAUGCUGCUUGACUUCACCUACACGGGGAAGGUCACCAUCAACCAGGGCAAUGUGGAGGGGCUGAUGCGGACCUCCAGCCAGCUCCACUUCCCCACUAUCCAGAAGGUCUGCAGCCGCUACCUCCGGCAGCAGAUGGAUGCCACCAACUGCCUAGGUAUCUGCGAGUUUGGUGAGAGCCACGGCUGCCCUGAGGUCUCCUCCAAGGCCUGGUCUUUCUUGCAGGAGAACUUUGAAGCCGUCUCUCUGCAGGAGGAGUUCCUCCAGCUCUCCAAGGAGAGAUUGGCCACGUAUCUCUCCAAUGACCAGCUGCAGGUGCAGGAGGAGCAGAGCUUGGCUGAAGCUGUGCUGCGCUGGGUACGCCAUGACCCAGGGCCCCGAGCCCAGUUUCUGCCUGAGCUGCUGGAGCUGGCCCACCUUGUCUCACUGCCCGACCAGUACCUGCAGAACCUGCUUGCCACUGAGCCCCUCAUCCGUGACUCAGAUGCCAGCAAGGCCCUCGUUGCCCAAUCCCGCACCACAGGGCAGAGUGAUGCCAGUGCCCAAAAGAACCCUCCAACUCCACCGCAGAAGCUGGAGGAGGUGUUGGUGGUGGUCGGCGGCCGUGUGCUGGAGGAGGGUGGGGAUGAGGACAGGGGGCUGGAGGUGUCGGCUGCCCCCAGGAACUUUGCCUUCUACAACCCCAAAAGCAGGCAAUGGAUGGUUCUGCCUGACUUCCCUGAUUACAACAAAUGGGGCUUUUCCCUGGUGGCUCUGAACAAUGAUGUAUACGUCACAGGUGGCUCCCGAGGGUCCCAGAAUGACACAUGGUCAACAACUCAGGCCUGGUGCUUCUGCCGGAUGGAUGGUGCCUGGAAGCCCAUCGCUUCCAUGCUGAAAGCCCGGACAAACCACACCAGUGCAGUCCUCAAUGGUGAGAUCUACGUCAUUGGGGGGACGACAGUGGAUGUGGUGGAGGUGGAGCGCUAUGACCCCUACAACAAGAGCUGGUGUGCCAUCAGCCCAGCCCUGAAGUAUGUGAGCAAUUUUGCAGCUGCCAGCUGCUUGGGCAAGCUCUACCUGGUGGGCUCCUGUGCCAUCAAGUACAACGCGCUCACCCUGCAGUGCUACAACCCUGUCCAAGAUUUGUGGAGUGUUAUCACAUCCCCCUUCAUCCCCAAGUACCUCUCAGCCCCACGCUGUGCCACGCUGCGCGGGCUCAUCUACCUCAUUGGGGACAACACCAAGAAGGUCUACAUGUACAACCCAGAGGCCAACAUCUGGCAGAAGGUAGUGGGCUGUGGGGGCAGGGUGCAAUUGCCCUCCCAGGGAGGUAGGGCAGCUCUUCCUUCCCCACCAGCACCCCACAAACAUACCCUCCACACCUCUUAUCCCAGGUGCCAGCACCCCUUGUCCCUUCUGCCUGCUCAGCCCUUGGCUCUAUUAACCCCUGCAGAGCUCAAGAUGCCCCAGUCCUUCCUUCCCUCCUGCCCUGUCACACCCACACUAGGAGCACAGCCUUUGCACCAAGUUGCUGAUUUUAAAAAGUGUUCACGCUGCAGAAGCCCACAGGACCCCCUUUUCCUAGCAUCACCCUCCUACAUGGUGUGCAGGGCUCCUGUCUGUGCAGUUCAGCAGAAUCCUACCUGUCCCUUCUGCUCUUGAGACCCUCUGCUCCCUGCAGCAUCCCCAACCUUUCUCCCAUACAAGCACAACAUGUGGAUGCUGCUAAAAGCAAGAUGUGUCUGCAGGGGCCCUCAGACCUUGCAGAGAGGAUGGGGCAAGGGGACACACUCAGUGGCUUGAUGUCCUCCACAGUGGGAGCAGGGGGUCCCCACACAUCCCACCCUGCCCCUUGUGCAGGUGCAGCUCCUGCACACACUCCAUGAGAACGGCGGGAUGGUGCCACUGGGCGACCGGCUUUUUGUCACCGGUGGCCACUGGAAAGGCAUGGACGGGGACUACCGGGUGGAGAUGGAGGUGUAUGACUGCACCAAGGACCUCUG